AUGUCCAGCAACGUGCACAAGGAUAACCAGUCAAUUCCUGCAAUAACCGGCAAAUUGGAUGUCAAACAUGCGAUACACAUAUUCCCAGAGCAGUUACAGCCGUUUCGAUCAGGAAUUCUUGCAUACGGUGCGUCACUAGCAUCAACGUUGAUGGGGUACCCACUAGAUACCAUGAAGGUGCGAAUGCAAACACACAGCCAUUUCAAGGGCUACAUCGACUGCGCGAAGAAAACAUACUCGGCAGAAGGGUUGAGAGGCUUUUUCAGAGGGGUGUGGGCUCCACUCAUUUCCACAUCUUUUUCCAAAUCGCUCAAUGUUUCCAUCUAUACCUUCUGCAAACCUCAAGUUUACCUGGCGAUUUUCCAAAACAGUUGGUACGGUAAGGUGCGACAGGAGCAUCCCUUUUGGAGAAAUAUACCAGUUUGCUUCGUUUCCGGUUGUUUCGCAGGGGCCGGUGUAAGUGUAUUUGCGUGUCCAUUUGAAUUCAUCAAAGUAUACUCACAGUUGGAAAAACUUGUCACCGCAAAUUCCUCCUUGGGAAGUAUCAAGACGAGGUUAGGAACUCCAACGACUUUACAAAUAUGUAAGACGAUUGUCACAUCGAGUGGGUUGAAAGGACUUUAUUCUGGGUUCAAAUUGCACCUUCUUAGAGAUUCGCUAUCUACUGGUGUUUACUUUAGUUUAUACGAGCUGAUCAAACUAUUUACCAACGAUUUGACAAACAGAAAUGCCUCAACCACAUCACCUUUUGCAGUUUUAUUAUCCGGUGGUCUAUCCGGUGUCCUCAGUUGGAUCAUCAUAUUUCCCGUAGACACAGCCAAGUCGUUAGUGCAAAAGGCCGCGGUGGUUAACAUAUUCAGAAAACUGCACGGAUUGUCGCAGGCACCAGUUGAUGACACAUUCAAAAAGAAGGAGAGUUGGCGUUAUCGUGGCUUGGGAAUUUCCGUUACAAGAUCGUUUUUAACAAACAUGGUCUUUUUUGGGGUGUUUGAGUUUGGCAUGACUUAUCUAGCUUAG